AUGGUCCUUAGCUGGCCACUGCUCCUGGUGAUGGCUCUGCCACUGGUCACGACAGAAGCCCCGGACUGCGUCUUUUGUGAGCUGACUGAUUCGUUCAACUACCCUGGCAACCCCAUGACCUGUGGAGAUGACAGGGAGUGCCUCAUGAGCAAAGGGACGGCACCAGGCCUCAACCCCUUCCACAAGAAAGGUACCAUGGACAUCAGUUUAUAUGGUCGCCUUGCAAAGCCUGUCACCUAUCAGAGUGUCACCUAUAGCCUCACCUUUACCUGCCAUCAUGGGGAACUGUGUAACAGGGCCCCCACCCCUUCAGGCAGCCUGAAGGCAGCAAUCAUCACCUGCCUGGCACUGGGUGUGCCACUGCUGCUUCAGUGA